CAGACUACAGACCACAAUAAUCAUUUACGUUUGAAAGAGGCUGCUUUUUGCUUUUUGCUGUUUAUUUCUGCUGUUGCCAUGCAGACUGGAUCACUCACCAUGAGCGGGAUGCAGACUGCGUUUUGCUGAAGACACUCGCCAAGGCGCUGCGAGUACUGGAGGCAGCAGCAGCAACAUUGAUGCUUCAGAACUGGAGAUGUUCUGAAGUGAUUUUGUCUUAGAAGAAAACAAAUUAAACAUUUUCUAAAAAACCAGGACAACAUAGAGAAAAAAAUGGUGUAUUUUGUGUUGGUGGCUAUGGUCCUGUUGUCGGCGCUGACCUCAACACGAGUGCAAGGGGCUGUGUCCAGCGGGGUCGUCGACCAGAGGGGCAAACAUUUCGUCACUUCGUCACGGUGUCCAGGCCGGGUGCUGAGUCCAGUUCACAGCUACUUCACUGGGGUGGUUCACAGUGCCCUGCAGUGUGUGUUGCUCUGUGCCCGCAAUGUCAGCUGCCUGUCGGCAGUGCACGACCCCCAGAGGUCCUCCUGCCGCCUGGGUCCUGCAGACUGCCAGACUGGACUGCGCCAACAUGGAGGCAGCAUCGUCAGGCAGCAAACAUUUCGAACCUAGUCCAGUCUGCACAGGUGAGUUUCAAACUCUGGGACCCACCGGGACCUGCGUGUGCAUUGAUGGUUACAGGGACAAACCUUGCACACCAUAUAUCGGAGACUGCACGGAUGCCUACAACAGAGGUUUGUACAACGAUACCAUGGUGGUGGAGGUGUACCCGCUGCUGGCACAACAGCCGUUCCGUGUGAACUGCAAAAUGAAAAGCAAUGUGCGUACCUACAUCAUGGACCACAAUUCUGAUGCACUGCUGAACUUCAACCGGAGUUUCAACGUGAUUACAAGCUGGGGUUCGGAGACCUGUCCGCCGACCAUUGGCUGGGGCUGGAGAAGAUUUACCAGCUGACGAACAGCAAGACGUACGAGCUGCGGGUCACGGCCACCCUGCAGAACAAGAGCACCGUCUUCCAGCAGUACCAGGAGUUCAACAUCUCCGACGCCGCCAGCGGCUACCGGCUUUACUUCAACCGCAACGUCAGCACCUACCUGCUGGGCGACUGCUUCACGCCGCUGCUCGGCGCCCCCUUCAGCGCCCACGACAACGACAACGACGGCGACGCCAGCGUCAACUGCGCCCUGCAGCACGCCGCCGGCUUCUGGUUCGUGGCCGCAACUGCUCCACGUGCAACCCCAUGGGUCCGCUACCUCAGCCAACCACCGGGGUAAGGCUGGGCGUGCCUAACGAGGCUUUCUGGACCAACAACUUGGGGAAGGCGGCCGUCUUCAGGUUGAACAUGUUUCUGGUGGUCCUCUAGAAGUUGAGAUGCGGCACUUCCUUCAUCAACCCUGUGGGUAGGUGCACGCAAAAUUCAUUGCUGUUGUCAAGAUUUGAAGCUCCAUUCUGGUCCACGUACCGACUGCUAAUGCCAGUUUGGCUUAGUCAUACCCGUGUGGAUUUUCUGAUAAAAGGAUAAAAAGGAAAAGAAAAUGCAAUGGUAUUUGUUUGCGACGGCUGAUUGUUAGAAACAGGAUUGGUUUGGUAGCAAAGCCUUCAAUUCAAGAAGAGCUGUGAAAGGUAGUGGACGACACACAACUACAGCAUGGAACUGAAGGUGAUACCUUUGAC